GUAAAUUACUUGAUUAACAAUAGGUCUUACUACUCCGCCAUCACAAUAACGCAGUUCACAUACGUUUUGAGAAUCAUUAUGCGACAGCUUAAUGACAAAGGCGGUCAGGUCAAUAUGAGACCAGAGGCAUCAUUCAAGCCAACGUCUAGUAUUAUACGGAGUGGGCUUCAAAUUGGGGAAGUCCCCCGAUACAUAUAAAUGUGAAGGCAAUUCCCAGUAUUUUUUUAGUCGCCACAAUCAGUUGCUCAAUUGGUUUCCACUGCCCUUUCUUGAACCACGGAUAUCUAGUAUCAUCGUUGCACCCGCCAUCAUGGUUACAUCUACCUUCCUGAUAUUGUCCUCCAUUGCCUUGGGAAUAAGUGGCACUGCAGUUGAUCUACAUCAACACUCGCCAGCAAACCCCUUCACCCUUGGAUUUUUUGGAACGCCAGAAAUAAGGCAGUCGGUCAACCUGAAGGUUAAAGGAAAGAUUCCUCGCUGGGUCUCCGGGUCGUUGUAUCGUGGGGCAGCAGCCACAUGGGAUAAUGGAAACUACACGGCAGAACAUUGGUUUGAUGGGUUCAGUCGAAACCAUCGUUUUGAGGUUUCAGAUGGCAAAGUCAGUUAUCAUAGCCGCAAUGCAUCUGACGAACUCCAAGACUUUGUCAGGGAAACGGGACUCUUUCCCGGUGGAUCUUUCGGGGGCGAUCCAUGCAAAGUUAUCUUUGGUGCCUUUCAGACUACUUACCGCGAUGGGGUUAACCCUGUCGGCGAUGCCAGCACUGACAGUGUCACCGUAUCUUUCAUUACCAAUUUCCCAGGGUUGGAUAGAAACGUAUCAGGGACUGAACACGGGCCAUUUGUGACACUGGUUAAGACCACAGAUGGAAAUACUCUCCAGCAACUAGAUCCUGUCUCUCUCGAGCCUAUUGAACUGUUUACUUACCAAGCAACAAGCACCAACAUCACAGGCGAUAAGACCUGUGCGCAUCCUGCUCAUGGCAAGUCUGGCGAGCUUUACAACUACAUGUUGAAUACCGAGGUGACGCCUCCUGAGUAUAACGUAUUUGAAAUCAAUUCCUCGGGGAAGGGUAACAUCUUGGCAACUAUCACCGAUGCUCCGGCGGCAUAUAUCCACUCCAUGUUCAGCACCGCAAACUAUGUCAUUCUCAUUGUCUGGCAAUCCGACUUUGGAAAAGUUACAUCAAAGCCUUACUACAACGUCUUGGACAACAUAAAAGAUUGGGACCCAGAACGGAAAACACUGUUUUACGUUAUCGACAAAGUCAAAGGUGGAGUUGUAGCAAAAUACACUUCGGAAACAUUUUUUGCAUUCCACGAGAUCAACUCGUUUGAGGAUAGUGAUGGGUCUAUCGUCAUUGACCUUCCUGUCAUGAAGACCAACGCGUUCCUUGAAGCCGCUCGGAUCAAGAAUCUUCGUACAUAUGUUGGUCAUCACAACGCCACUGCGCCUCAUGACCUUGCAGGUACCUUCCGCCGCUUCAGGCUUCAAGAUUACGCACAUGGAACUCUAGCAAAUGGCACGUUGAUCACCCGCCCAGCUGUUACCGACUUUGAAUUGGACUUCAAGUCUGGGAACAUCGAGCUACCUCGCCUCAACCAAGCGUACCAUGGAAAGCCCUACCGUUAUGCUUAUGGGAUCCACAUCAAGGAGCGAGGAUUCUUCACCGAUUCCCUCGUAAAAGUUGAUACACACACAAGACGGACAACUAUCUGGAAGCCCCGCACACCCCAUCUGCCCUCCGAGCCAGUCUUUGUUGCCAACCCAAAAGGUACAUGCGAGGAUGACGGUGUUCUCCUAACUAUGGCACUUGAUGCCAAUCGCAAACAAAGUGUUCUAGUUGUAAUUGACGCAAAGAACAUGAAGGAGAUUGCACGCGCCGAGAUGCCACUUGUUGCUGGUUUUGGUUUCCACGGGGUAUGGGGAAACAAUUGAAGGAAACAGACAGGUUAGCAGCAGAUCUCAAGCGUAAAUCAGAUCAAGGCCAUACUUCUUCACGUUCUUCUUCUUGCGGAAGUGCUGCGCUUAGAUUUUAGGGGACUUUUUGUCAAUUAGAGGGUGCGUAGCAUUGAGAGCGGCUUCGGUGUAUCUUCAAUCAGUGAGUAGUAUAUAGAGGUUACAUAACAUUUAAACCCGUGUUAUAUGAAAUAUAAUAAUCGAAC